UUUAAUUUUAAGACACGUUGCGUGUUCCGGAGAGGAAAUGCAAAUUGUUUCGCGAAACGAGACUCAUUUUCAUGGAAUAAUACAAAUCUAACUAACAAAUUUAUGAAAUUCUGUCUCCUUGAUAUGCUCGCAAUUAGAUUGACCUUUUAUAUGCUAGUAACAUUGUAUUUUGAAUUACUGUUCGAUGGACUGUCUGUUGUGUAACAAAAAAUUGUAUCGAAGAUAUAGAAACUGAACUUAUGACUGAUUUCAUUAAUGAAAAUUGUUAAUUGUUUACGGUGACACGUGUCUAAACAGGUCAACGGUGCAAGUUUUAAGAAAAAACGACAGGUGUCAUGUUACGGUCAUGAAAUUCUUCGUUGUAAAACGGAGUGACGUUGAAUCCCGGGUAUGACACUUCCGUGAAAUUAGAUACGUGUGGCAUCAUCGAUCAUAUAAGUACUUUUGUAUACGUAUAGAUGUUUAUAAAGAAAGAAAUACCGAUUUUCGACGUAAAAUCCGUAGAAACGUAUUUCGAUAGUAACUGCGUUUCCCGAGUUGAAAGUUUAUCGCAAUUAGAAAGGUCGAAAGAGAAUGGUUCCGUAGUACCGAUGUGUAACGAGCGCGAGAUCUAAGAAUGUUAACUAUUUUGGAACAACGGUACAGGCACCAUUUUCUCGUGUUACCGCACUGACAGUGGUGACGAAGUCUGAUCACGAGUGUAUGGAAAUGGACCAUUCGCUCUAUGACAGCCAGUGUAGCAUGGCUGUGGUAUCGGCAUGCGCCUAACCACGUAGCAACCUACGAACCGAACAACUCGGGACCAUCUCUUUCACUUCUUAAAAUGAAAGAAAUGGACAGGGAUCAUAGGGAACGCGAUCACGAUAAUUUAAAUGAAAACGAGGAGGAACGAAAAGUAGGAAUGGAUUUUCGUAAUUUGUCCCGACACCAUGGCGUGGAUCACGUAGCUGAUGUUGAAAACGAGCGGGAUAUGGACGUUGAUCAAAACGAUCGCGUUGAAAAUUUACACGACGAUAAGAUAGAUCAAAAUAUUGGAAGGAAUUUUCAUAAUUUAGCACAUCAUCCCGCUAUGAGAGACAUGGACAGGGAUCAAAAUAAUCACGUUGAUAACGUGCACGAUGAUAAGGUGGAUCACAAAAUGGGAAGAGAUUUUCGUAAUUUGGGACCUCAUGCAGGAAUGGUUCACUUACACUCUGGAAUUGAGCAUUUAAGUAACGUUGAUGUAGAGGUAAAAUUAGCGAGAGAUGUUCGUGGUUCCUUGGGUUUGGGAUUAUCACUAGAAUUAUGUGUGGUAUGUGGUGAUAGAGCUAGUGGAAGACACUAUGGAGCAAUUAGUUGUGAAGGUUGCAAGGGUUUUUUCAAACGUAGUAUUCGGAAACAGUUGGGUUAUCAAUGCAGAGGAAGUAAAAGUUGUGAAGUUACCAAACAUCACAGAAAUCGGUGUCAGUAUUGUAGACUUCAGAAGUGUCUAGCAAUGGGAAUGAGAAGUGAUUGCUUUAUCGUUAUAGCUGUUCAGCAUGAAAGGAAACCAGUAUUAGGUGAAUCAGCAGGAACAAAAGUAGGAAAUCGAAGUCCCAGGGUUAAGCCAGAACCGCAGCAACCAGUAUCUGAAACACCCCCAACUUGGGAACAACCUGAAAGUCCGAGUAUGGAAGACCAAAGUAGCGAUAGUGACCUCAGCGAUGCAUUAACGUUAGCACGAGAGCGUUUACUUAUCUCACAUGCACUGGAUAGCAUGGCCAAACUUAUUGGAGAUAGUGUUAACGGUUCAAGUGAACCAGAAGAAGAGUGGACUGGUCAAUUAAUUUCUGAAAGACACACGAUAUUUGAGUUAAGAGCUCCUAGCCCAGCACCCGCGUACUUAUCAAUACACUACAUUUGUGAGAGUGCUGCUAGAUUACUUUUCCUGUCAGUUCAUUGGGCAAGGGGAAUUCCUGCAUUUCAAGCGUUACCAUCCGAGGUUCAAACAACUCUUGUGCGUAGUUCUUGGGGACAACUCUUUACCUUAGGACUUGCGCAGUGCGCAUACACUCUGUCGCUUCCAAGUAUACUAACAUCGAUAAUAAAUCAUUUACAAGCUAGUAUUGCACAAGAAAAAAUUACCGCUAGUAAAGUAAAGUCAGUCACAGAACAUAUAUGUAGACUGCAAGACUGUGUUAGUUCGCUUCAUAAAUUGCAAGUGGAUUCCGUUGAAUAUGCGUACCUUAAAGCAUUAACGCUCUUUAGCGCUGAUAACGUUUUGGCUGGUGUUUGGCGCAAGAAAGUCGAAGUCUUGCAAGAAGCUGCAUGGUCGGAGUUACAACAACGCGUGGGAUCCGACAGAUUACCUCGUCUUCUUUUAAGGCUUGCUCCACUUCGUUCAAUUAAUCCCCGAGUCUUGGAGGAUCUGUUUUUCGCAGGUCUUAUCGGGAGAGUAAGCGUAGCUAGUGUUGUGCCUUAUAUUCUUACUAUGCAAGAUUAUAAAACUGAACCUGAAAGUCAUAUGGGGUGACAAUUACUAUCCGUGCAAUGUAAGUCGUGACCUAUUAAAGUGAUAUACAUGUAUGUAUAUAUACAUUAUAUAUACAUACAUUAGCGUUGAUUGCCUUGGAUAUUUUUAUACGAUGCGAAAAGAAAAGAGAAAAUGUAACGAGGCAAAGUUAAUUUUUAUUUUUCGUAAAAAUCUUAUAUGCCUCUUUCUAAAGGUGUUGACACUCAGGGUAGAUGUAUUUUAACUUGUUAAUCAGAUGUAAUAUCUAGUUUACAAUAUUUUGAUGUUUGACAUUCUUUUAUUUAUUACAAAUUCAUUACCUACUGUACAAAACUUUCCACUACGUAUCAUAUCAAUGAAGAAUAUUAACAGUGACAUUUAUUUGUUUCUAAAAACAAAGUACAAAAUAAUUGUUAAAAUAACAUUUAGUUUAAAGAUCAGAAAAAAUAUAUUACAAAUAUAAAUUUAUAAUUUUGUAAUGGAAAUCUAUAUUUGGAAAGUUUUGUACUUACAUGCAACGUAAAAGAAACGUUAUACGUUAAACGCAGGGCAAUGUUACUAUACUUAUAAGUAGAACGAAUGUAGCCCUUGGUGGAAUUAGUAACAUAGAUUUUUCAAUCUAAAAUUUUUAUUCCGAACAAACAUAAUUACAUUUUCGCUAUUUUUUCUGACAGUAUAUUCAGUUAUUAGAUAAAGAGAAAAGGGAAAAGUCAAGUCAACUAUAUAUUGAAGUCUUUAAUGAAAAUCAAAAUGUUAUUAUUAUUUUUUUAUAGUCGCUGCUUUUUUCCGUCCGUCAGAAAAGAAAAUUAUUACUUAGUUUUGAUAGAAAUCAAAACUGAAGUAUACGUUUAAAGAAAAUAUAAAUGAUUUAAUGUAAAAAUAUAUUAACCUUACAUAAGUAUUAGUACAAACAAAUCGCGAUUUUGUUGUAAUUGAAACUAUUUCUUAAUAAUUUCGUAACAUUACUACAAAUGUGUACAUGUUUCUCUUAUUUUUCCUAGAAAUGUAUCGGGACAAAUGAUAUAUUUCUAGGCUGUGCUUUAUUGUAGAUAAAAUAAAAUAUGAAGAAAAGAAAUCGUAUUUAAUGUUUAUCGCGAAAGAAUGUGCAAUAGUAUAAUUCAUGCAACAUUCAAAGGCAGAAACAAACCAUUAUACAUAAUUUAUUUUUAACAAGAGACAAAUUAAUGGAUUAACUAUAUCAUAAAUGUAUUAUUAAGUAUUAUUUACUUCUUCAAAAAAAACGACAAUAAUAGUAUAUUUUUUAUGAAAUGCAGA